GCUGCUCUAAAAGAUUUUUUAUUUUUUUAUUUUUUGUCCCUUGUUAUUGCUGGGGAGAUUUUAACAGUACUAAAAAGUAAAGGAGAUUUUUUUUUCCUGAGAUACAAAUGACUAAAGCUAACGGAGAAGACACAAUAUCGGGUAAUAGGAUGGAGCGCUUCCAGCAAGGGGUCCGGAAACGUACGCUCAUGGCCAAAAAGAAGGUCCAGAACAUCACAAAGGAAGACGUUAAAAGUUACUUACUGAGAAAUUUUUUUGUACUAUUCACUAUCCUUGCGGUCAUUGUUGGUGUCAUCCUUGGAUUUUCCCUCCGAUCCUAUCACUUCAGCUACCGAGAAGUGAAAUAUUUUUCCUUCCCUGGAGAACUGUUAAUGAGAAUGCUGCAGAUGUUGGUUUUGCCUCUCAUUGUAUCCAGCUUAGUAACAGGUGUGGCUGCCUUGGACAGUAGAGCAUCAGGGAAAAUGGGUCUCCGAGCAGUCAUCUAUUACAUGAGUACAACAAUUAUUGCUGUCCUGAUUGGGAUAAUCAUGGUAGUCAUCAUCCACCCCGGGAAAGGGUCAAAGGAAAAAAUGCACAGAGAAGGCAAGAUUGUCCAAGUGACAGCUGCAGAUGCCUUUCUGGACUUAAUCAGAAACAUGUUUCCUCCAAAUCUUGUAGAAGCCUGCUUCAAACAGUUCAAAACAAACUAUGAAGAGAGAGUUCAUAGUUCAGCUGAUGGUUCUAAUGAAACAUCUGUCCUAGCUGGCAUUAUAAAUAAUGUAACAGAAGCUGUGGAAAACUUAACUCAGAUGAAGAAGGAGGUAAUCCCUGUACCAGGGGCUGUAAAUGGAGUGAAUGCACUUGGACUGGUUGUCUUCUCCAUCAGUUUUGGAUUAGUGAUUGGAAAUAUGAAGGAACAAGGCCGGGCGUUGAGAGAUUUCUUUGACAGCCUUAAUGAGGCUAUCAUGCGACUGGUAGCCCUAAUCAUGUGGUAUGCACCACUUGGUAUCUUGUUUUUAAUUGCUGGAAAAAUUGUUGAGAUGGAAGAUAUGGGUGUGAUUGGAGGCCAGCUUGCCAUGUAUACAAUUACCGUCAUCAUUGGUUUGCUCAUCCAUGCAAUUAUUGUUCUCCCACUUCUCUACUUCCUCAUUACUCGGAAAAAUCCUUGGGUCUUCAUUGGAGGAUUGUUGCAAGCUCUCAUCACAGCUUUGGGGACUUCUUCAAGUUCUGCCACUUUGCCUAUCACUUUUAAGUGUUUGGAAGAGAACAAUGGAGUAGACAAACGCAUUACAAGAUUUGUACUACCUGUGGGUGCAACUAUUAACAUGGAUGGGACAGCUUUGUAUGAAGCACUGGCUGCAAUUUUCAUUGCACAGGUUAAUAACAUGGAUCUUAACUUUGGACAAAUUAUCACAAUCAGCAUUACUGCAACAGCUGCCAGCAUUGGUGCAGCAGGAAUUCCUCAAGCUGGCCUGGUCACGAUGGUCAUUGUAUUAACCUCUGUUGGUUUGCCUACAGAUGACAUAACUCUUAUCAUUGCAGUGGAUUGGUUUCUGGAUCGUCUGCGUACCACAACCAACGUUUUGGGAGACUCUAUUGGCGCAGGAAUUGUAGAACACUUAUCCCGACAUGAGUUGCGGAACAAGGAUGCUGAGAUGGGUAAUUCUGUGAUAGAGGAGAAUGAGAUGAAAAAGCCUUACCAACUGAUUUCACAAGAGAAUGAGAACGAAAAGCCCGUAGACAGUGAAACCAAGAUGUAAGGUAGAGGAAAGUCGACCUAAAGCACUAGAGAUAUGGAAAAUGUACACUUCCUUUGGUCCUUCUGCUUGUUCCUCAUUUCUUCUUGUACUAUCAAAGCACUGAAAAGGUUUAAGGAUGAACUAGAUAUUAGGAGAGACAGCGUCUGUGACAUGCCUCCUCUGCCUUGUGAUAGCCAGGUUAGUGCAGUGCACAACAGCAGGCUGUUGCUCCAUAGUCCUCGCCUUGUUCCUUUAGCCAGUAAGGGAGGCCAGAGGAGGAGAAAGCAAAGCACAGUAUUGCCAUGUCUCAUGUUGUGUUUACCUAGGCAUACUUUCUCUGACCUGAUGCCUUCCUGAUGUGAGACUACAACUCCCAGAAUUCUCAGGAAACAUGCAGCAGAUAUGCUGGUUAGAAUUCUGGAAGUCAUAAUCCACUGCCUCUGAAGGACAUCUGGCUUGAGAAGGCUGUCCUACAGGUUGUGCAGAAGAAGAUAAUGAUGGGAUCAGCUCCACAUUUUUCAAAAUUGAUGGAAAAUAUUCCAAAUUAGUGGCAACUGUGAUAUAGAGCUACAUGCCUUUAAAAAAUAGUAGGCAUUACACACAGUGAUAUGCAACGUGUUAAUGGGUGGUAAAUAUUUUAUCAUCA